UCUUUCGUCAUGGACGCCUCGCGCAGGGAAAUGUGACAACAAACAGCUAAGGGCCUGGAAAAAACAUCCAAAUAGCGCAUAUAUUUGUGCUAUUAACUGGAUUAUUUGUAUUGGAUCAAGUUGGAGAUAUUAAGUGACUUUGUGCCUCGCCGUGUUGCUGUUUUAUACCCCGCUGUUUGCAUUCGGGUCUGCCCACGCCUCUCAAUGAGUGCGCAUUCCUCCCGGUGCCGGUCGGAGCGCUAUGCCUGACCGGGACAGCUCCUACCUGUCCGGCGGCAGCAGCAGCGGGGGGACUCUGGGAGACGAGGGGGGUCCUGUGUCGGGGGCAGGGGGUUCAGCAGCAGCGACGGGCUCUGGGGGGAUGGGGGGUGGAGGGGCGCUAGGCAACGGGAACAGCUGUAGCAAUGGAGAGAGCCGGGGGCAAGGCACCGGACAAGGACUGGAUGGAGUUUGUAGAGACUUUAUAAGGAAUGUUUGCAAGAGAGGUAAACGCUGUAGAUUCAGACACCCCGAAAUCAACAAAGUCCCUGAUUUGGGUGUGCAGAAAAAUGAGUUUAUUUUCUGCCACGAUCAUCAAAAUAAAGAAUGCCUUCGCUCGAACUGCCGCUUCGUCCACGGCUCAAAAGAUGACGAAGAUUACUAUAAGAAAACAGGAGAGCUACCACCGCGAUUGAGAGGGAAAGUAGCGGCACGGCUUGGUCUGUCCCCUAUGGACCUCCCCCACAGUCGCGGUGAAGUCCCUAUUUGCAGAGACUUUCUGAAAGGAGAGUGCCAGAGAGGAAACAAGUGUAAAUUUCGUCACGUUAAAAAAGACUUUGAGUAUGAUACGAGCAGAGUAGGUGGCGCCAUUGGGUCCGCCGCCAGUAUGAUGGUGAAUGGCGUCGGCGGGAUGGGAGGAGUUGGGGGCGGGACUUAUGGAGGAAUGCAGGGAUUGGUUGGAGGAAGUGCCAAUAACAUAAUUGGAAUGGGGUGUGCGAGUAUGGGUGGAUGCAGGGACCCAGCUAUGUCCGGGGUUGGUGUAAGUGGAGGAGGGAUGAGCGGGUGUUUGUCACUGACUUCAUCGGGACAAAGGAGAUAUGAUCGAAGCUCCGUGUACGAUCCUCUUUUGGAAAGUAGCCUGUUCGAUGCGGGUUCGCUGGAGGCUUCGAUGGACCACACGACUCUGCAGAUAAAGAGGAGGAGGUUGGAUGGGUUGAGGUUGAGCGAUGGGAGCAGCGGGGGGCACUAUGACCUGGGGGUGCAGGCAGCGUUACAGCCACGCCCGCUCGAGUACAGGUUUCUGGAGGAGGAAAACGCUCUGCUGAGGAAGAGAGUGGAGGAGCUUAAGAAACAGGUUUCAAACCUCAUCGCCACUAACGAAGUCCUCCUGGAGCAGAACGCCCAGUUUCGCAGCCAGGCCAAAGUCAUGACCCUCUCCUCCACCCCGGCCCCUUCAGAGCAGAGCCUGGCGCCCCCUGUUGGUGCAGUGAGCUCCUACAACCACAGCAUCGCUCAGACGCACACCACCCUGAGCAGCGCCGGACUCCAACCGCGCCCGGUCACCCAACAAGACCUGGUAGCUCCCACGGGCGCUCCGACGGCCCCACCCACAAACGCAGCUCCGCCCUCCGCCCCUCCACCUCACAUGAAUCCAGAGAUCGCUCCUAUGUCUGCUGCUCUGGCUCAGACCAUCGCGCAGGGCAUGGCUCCUCCCGUUUCCAUGGCGCCAGUAGCAGUUUCCAUAGCGCCAGUUGCCGUGUCGAUGACCCAGGCUCUUCCGGUCAUCACCAUGAGCCACGCCACGACCCCCAUGGUGUCGUACCCCAUCGCCAGCCAGAGUAUGAGGAUAACCACUCUGCCACACUGAGACUGGUACACAGAACCGGAUUUUAUUUGUAAUGCGUUUUUCUCAAUGACCGGCUCAUUUGACGACUCAGUCUGUCCUCUACAAAAAGACAGCAAGAUUAAAGGCCCUUUGUUGUACUGAUUUUCGACCUUUGUUCUAAUGUUGUUUCCUCAUCACAAACAGAUCUGGAGUUGUGUUUUGUUUCAUUCACUCAUGUUUAACACACAAACCCUGCAUAUUUAGGCUGAAUUCCUGGACGGUUUCAGCUCUGGAAUUGUCAAUUUUUACUGAACUAAAUGUAAAAGGAGCUGUUAAUUUGAAAAGUAACGCUUCAUGACAUCACAAGGUGGAAGACAGCAGUUUGAGCUUUGGAGAUAUUAAUGAAAAAUGUGUGAAUGAAACUAAACACAACCCCUGGUAUGUUUUUGAUGAGGUAACAACAUUGUAACAUGGCUAAAGCCUCACAAGAGUCUGUUUGGUGUAACAUAGGGCCUUUUAAUGGAAAGUGAAAUUGUGAUUUGAAUGGAUGCUGUUAGCAAAUCGCAAAGGCUGCAAUUUUUAAAUUACCAUCAUUUCCACCACAAGCAACAAAUUCUCCUCUUAUUCUGCGAAAAAACUGCUGACCCUGUAGUUUAGAGCUGUGAUUCUUGUGUUUGUCAGUUCAUAUUUCAGUCUUUUCAUCAAUUCUUCUGGAGGUGUUUAAAAUGUGAACUUUGAACGGAAUCUUAAGUCACAAAUCUUGUCUGAAAAAUGGCAGUUACAUAUUUUUACCAAAACAUUCAGCCGUACAAAGCAAACAACAAAAUAUCAAGUUGUUCUAAGGAAAAUAAGAUCUAAAAUGGUUCAUCCCGAUUUGAAAAUUAAUUUUUGGACCAAAUCUAAUUCUA